AUAAAUUUAUGUAAUUACCACCAUAACCAGCAGGAGUAAUGACUUAUUACUCUGAUCAAUAUGAACCUUAAUGUCCAUUAUGUCAAUCAGGAGAACAUACUUCAUAAACAGAAUCAAAUUUCGUUUAGUCAUCACAUGCUAUGACUGGAUAAUAAAUAAGAGGGAGAGGUAUUAAAUCUAAAAAUAAUUAGUUGUAUAUACUUCUCCUGAGAGAAUAGUAUCUCGAAAGGUUGUAGAAGGUGUUGCUUUAUCCCCAAUGCAAUUGAGAUAACAAUAAGCAAUAACUCCUCCUAGAAUGAUGCCAAUAACAUCUUAAAUGAUUAAUACCCCUCCUAUUAUUUAAUAGAAGUCACCAAUAGUGGUUUAACAAUCUCCAGUGAUUGUAUAAUAAGCUCCUAUUCAACUAUAACCAUCUCCAAUUGCUAUUAACAAUUCUUCUAAUGUUAUUUAAUAGGCUAUCUAUUAACCACAAAUCCCAAACAUGUAAUUGUAAUAUUAAGUGCAACCUUAAAUUUAAUAAGCUUAAAUAACUCAAACAAACAUUAAUACUUAAUAACUUUAACAAUCUCAGUUAAUAUAACAAGAAUUGUUAUUGAAAUAAAAAGAAUGGGCUGAGAAAUAUUAUAGAUAAUCUGAGGAAAUUUAACAAAAUAAUUUAGCUUUUUCUUAAUUAUAAACUUAAUAUUAAGAGUAAUUAGAAUAAUAUGAAGCUUUGAAAUAAGCUUAUUAAUUAACAACUUAAUAUUAAGCUCAAAAUUUUAUUCCAUCAUUUUUAUAAACUGUUUAGUAUAAAGUAAUAAAUAAAGAUGGCAAAUCUUAAUAUAAUUAAGAGGAAAUUGAAUUAUAUUGGAGACAUCAAGUUUUUAAAUUAGAAGAACAAAUGUAUUAAUUAUGGGAAAAGAUUAAUGAGAAAAAAUUGAAAAAAGAUUUACCAAUAAAAUCAGAAGAUACUCAAAAGGUAAUAAUAUAUUAUUAAUAUAUAGAUUGAAUAAUUACAAUUAGAAGUUGGACAUUUAGAACAUAUUUAAAGAAUGAAAAUGAAUUCUGUUGUAAUUCUUAGAAAUAAACUAAAUGAUCUUAUGUAUUAACAUGAUCCAGCCACAGAAGCUACACGAGAAUAUGAUUUAUAAUUAUAACAACUUAGAUAAAAAGUGAUGCAAUUAAGUUCGAGAUUAACUGAAGUAUAGGAUGAAAUUUAAAUGACAGAAACUUAAACUGAAGCAAUCAAGAGUGGAAAAGGAUAUAAAUUUGUUUCAGUUAAAUAAACUACUAGCUAAGUUAGAUAAGUAACAAAUUCUGUAAGAACUAAUUAAGCUUAAGAUUAUUAGGUUUCUUGA